UCUGCUCGCCAAGCAACGGUACACCUUCACUCGAUGGCGUCAUGGAGCGGCGUGACGACGCCGGAUAUUCAACCUCCUGUCCACACACGUAUGUCAAAGAACGGCCUUUUGACCUCUAUGAUUCCUAUCAUAACUUUGUAAAAAUUGACCAGAGGGGCGGAGGCCAGUUUUUCUAUAUGGCGAAAUGUUCCAACAACAGUGGCCCUCCAUCAUGUCCUAGCUGUUGCAUUGGGACGGACACACAGAGAUAUAACACGGAAUGCAAGAAAAUCCUAGCGCUGCAACCUGCCACAGUUUGCCUCACUAGGUGGUGUUCCAGACUUUCCCGACGCUGGGUUUAUGUCGACACUGGGUGCGCCUGCUACUAUGAACUUCGUCCACCAGCGCUUGAAAAGAGCGGACUGAAUAUCGCGGACAUCGAUGAAUUCACACAUCUAAAAGACGCUGAGGUCAACGGAGGAAAAGAAGAAUAUGAUGACGAUGAUGUUUAUUAA